UGAAAGUGUUGAUCAUUUUUGUCGACACGCUAUUGUCGGUCUGUUAUCUACUGGAUGUGUUCAUCUGAUCGAAGAUUUUUAGCUUAUAUUUAGCCGCUUUGACGGCUUAUAUCGCUGUUGAAAGCUGGAGGCAGGCGGUGGUUCGCAGAUAUGCACCCAGCAGGAUGGAGUUUAUGUUGCUCGUAUGAGAUGUGAUGAGAUGAUGAUGAUGGCCCAGGGGGAGAAAGAUCCAAAACACACCAACCAAGUCGUGCUGGUCAAGAGGAUAGUAAUGAAGCAUGACAAUCCGGUCCAGCAGGGAAUCGGAAAGCCCAGCGUGUAUCAUGCUGUUGUGGUCAUUUUUCUGGAAUUCUUUGCCUGGGGUCUUCUCACGACACCAAUGCUGACUGUUUUACAUGAAACAUUCCCUAAACACACUUUCUUAAUAAACGGUCUCAUUCAGGGCGUGAAGGGUCUGUUGUCUUUUAUGAGCGCACCAUUGAUCGGCGCCCUAUCAGACGUAUGGGGCAGACGAUCGUUUCUAUUGGUUACUGUAUUCUUCACCUGUGCCCCUAUACCUCUUAUGAGACUCAGUCCAUGGUGGUAUUUUGCCAUGAUAUCCAUGUCCGGUGCGUUUUCCGUCACCUUCUCUGUAAUAUUUGCUUACAUCGCAGACAUUACUGAUGAGCGCGAGAGAAGUACGGCAUACGGACUCGUUUCGGCGACGUUCGCAGCGAGUCUGGUGACGAGUCCGGCCAUCGGUGCGUAUCUCUCGGCCAGUUACGGUGAUAAUCUGGUGGUGCUGUUGGCGACUCUCGUCGCUCUGGCCGACAUCUGUUUCAUUCUGCUGGCCGUACCAGAGUCACUGCCCGAUAAGAUGAGACUCAAUACAUGGGGAGCGCCGAUCUCAUGGGAGCAGGCUGACCCUUUUGCUUCUUUAAGGAAAGUUGGACAGGACACAACAGUUCUUCUCAUUUGUAUAACAGUGUUUUUAUCGUAUCUGCCGGAGGCGGGGCAGUACUCCAGCUUCUUCCUCUAUUUACGCCAGGUCAUUAAAUUCUCGCCCAAAACGAUCGCCGUGUUCAUUGGAGUGGUGGGAAUUCUCUCCAUCCUGGCGCAGACGGUGUUUCUCACUUUAUUAAUGAGAACCAUUGGAAACAAGAACACGGUUCUCUUGGGUCUGGGUUUCCAGAUUCUUCAGCUGGCCUGGUACGGUUUGGGCUCUGAGCCGUGGAUGAUGUGGGCAGCCGGUGCUGUAGCCGCUAUGUCCAGUAUUACGUUUCCUGCCGUUAGCGCAUUAGUGUCCCACAAUGCAGAUCCAGAUAAACAAGGACUGGUUCAGGGAAUGAUCACUGGGAUUCGGGGUCUCUGUAAUGGUCUGGGUCCUGCGCUCUAUGGUUUCGUUUUCUUCCUCUUUAAUGUGGAGUUGGAUGCCCUUCCAUCAAUAGAAGAGCAGUACACCGUUCCUCUCCAGACGUCCACUGAGAAAAUGACAAUCCCCGGCCCACCGUUUAUCAUCGGUGCCUGCUCGGUGGUGGUGGCGUUUCUUGUCGCUCUCUUCAUACCGGAUCACCGCACACCACCGGAGACGUCCUGCCAAACCAGUAAGACCAGCACGAGCCUGGCCGGAGCCCACACCAACACCCCGCUGCCCGGGAGCGACGAAGACUUCGAACCUUUGCUGGAGGACAGCCACGUGUGACUUCAGCGAAAGAGAAACGAUAAGCCGCUUAACACAUCACAUACGACUCAUGUGUUCAGUGCUUAAUGUAUUUAUUCUUCAGAUUCUGUCGUUUUUAAGUUUUGAACUCAUUUGACUGCUCCACAUUGAACUGAAUGAACACACUAAGGGCUUUAUAAGAGGAAUGUGAUUGGCUUGAGUUUGAGGAACUCGGAUGUUUGUGGUUGGAUUGAAUCUUCUGAAGUUUCUUCUUUAAAGCUGUGAUCUUCAUGAAUGUGGAUAUUUGGGCAAAGUGCAGUAAACGGUCGUGAUGCUUGUGAGGUUUGAAGAGUAUUAUUAAUGUGUAAAAACUAAUAGAGCUGAAUUCUUACAAUAAUAUAUUUCACCCCAAAAUAAAAAGAAAUGAAGCAAACUACUGUAAUUGUUUUACUGUAUUACUUUAAUGUAAUACAGUUUUUUUACAAGACAAAAAUUUUAUUAAAUCAAUGAUCAGAAUUUGAAGCUACAUUUAAUGUCAAAUGCAAAAAUCUUUUUUGUGCAAAAUCUUUCUUUUGAUUAUGGGGUGAGAUGUGGCAGAUUUUGAAAGUGAAUUUGUUUCUUAACAUAAGCCUUAAAGUCACAUAUCAUGUGAGAAGAGUUUAUAAGGUAAGAAAUGAAUCUGGUGUUUGAUGUCAGACAGACUGAAGCAUCACAGGGUUGAUGUUGUUAUAUGUUUAAGUCUUUAUAUCAUGUGUGUGCGUGUGUAAUGCAGUACAUUUUAAAGUCAACAUGUAGGGGCGGUUACCCGGACACGGAUUAGACUAGUCCUAGACUAAAUAAAUGUAAGAGCUGUCCAAACUGAAAACUUGCACUGACAUAUCUUAAAAUACAUCAGUGCCCUUUAUUUUUCCCUUAAAAUGCACACAUGUAAUGUUUUAGUAAGGCAUGUUUGUUCAAACUAGUUAUAUUUCCUGAUUAAACUAAAGCCUAGUCGCGUCUUAAAAUAAUCGCUGUCUGGGAAAUCACCCCGUAAAGUUUACUACACAUUCCUUGUUUUCUUAGAGAUUCAUUUAUGAAUCCAGAAAUAUUUUUGUCUUUGUUAUCUUUUAUGAAAAUGUUAAGAUUUGCUCUGCCUCCAAAACAACUUUUACUUAAGUUUCAUUCUGUGCAAGAUGAAAUAUCGAGAUCGAUAGAUUAAAUCCGUUUUUUAUUCCUAUUUUAAUCAGAAACAAAAUGUUGCAAAUGCAGUUUCAUGUUGACUCUUUGAACAUUAGUAUUCAAUAGUGUUUUAAAUAAGUAAAUACAUUAUAUAUGCUUAAAAUAUUAUACUUGUACAUUUUUCUGUAAAUGUAAUUGUCUUCAUUUUUACACUCGAGAAGACUUGACUCAACAGUACCGUAGUUCAUUACAUUAUAAAAUGAAUAGACAUUUGUGACCUCGGACCACAAAACCGCAUGGGUAUAUUUCUAUCAAUAGCCAACAGUACAUUGCAUGAGUCAAAAAUAUCAAAAAUCAUUAGGAUAUUAAGUAAAACUCAUGUUCCAAGAAGAUCUUUUGUACAUUUCCAACUAUAAAUAUAUAAAAAAUGUAUCUAUCAUUAGUAAUAUGUGUCGCUAAGGACUUCAAUUAGACAAUUUUAAAGGUGAUUUUCUCAAUAUUUUGAUUUGUUGCACCCUCAAAUUGUUAUUUCUGCCAAAUAUUGUCCUAUUCUAACAAAACAUACAUCAAUGAGAGCUUGUUUAUUAUAUGAUGUAUAAAUCUCAUAUAAAAAAAUGACCUAUGAUUGGUUUUGUGGUCCAGGGUCACAUUUAUAAAAUAAUUAAAAAGUAGCCAACAUACAUACCAGCUACCUCAUGUUUGGACGUUUUGAGGAAUGAGGUGAAAUUUUGACUUUAAAAUAUUUUUUAAACUACUUUAAUUAUUUUGUUAAUGUUUAUAACCACAUUCCUUUGGUCCAGUAUGAAAUUAUUUGAGAUCUUUCCGAGAUAUGAUAGUAUGAACUCUCUUGACUGAUCCUUGUAUUGAUUGUGUCAAGGGCUGCCAAACGAUUAAUCUUGACUAAUUGCGACUAAUCGUUUGCAGAAUAAAAGUUUUUUGUUUACAUCAGAUUUAUGUGUGUGUGCACUGUGUAUAAUAUAAAUGCACACAGAUGCAAGUAUAUAUUUAGGAAAUAUUUACAUGUGUAUAUACAUUUUUAUAUUUAUAUAUAAUUUGUUAUAUAUAAUUAUAAAUGCGUAAAAUAUAAAUAGAUUUUUUUUCUUAAAUAUAUACAUGAGAGUGUGUGUGUAUAUACAUAAUUAUUAUCAUACAGACUACACACCCACAUAUACAUAUACAUAUAUAUAUAUGAGGUAAACAAAAAACUUUUAUUCUGCAAACGAUUAGUCGCAAUUAGUCACGAUUAAUCGUUUUGCAGCCCUAAUUGUGUCCCUCAUUAUUGAGGCUCAUAUAAGCUGAUGUGUUUGUAGGUGUUUAUGGCUUUUCCACACUGCUCAUUUGUUUUGAGUAAAUACUUUUGCAUUUACAGAAGGAUGCUUUCCAAAUGAAUUUGUGUGUGAAAAAAUUGUGUUUGAGAAAAGUUUCAGCCUGACCUGAGCUCAGUGAUUCCUGUUUGUCAAACACAUCCAUCAUUCCCUAACAGCACAACGGCAGCUUCAACAUCCCAUUCACUUCUUCUGUGACCCCUAAAACAGGCAGAAAAUAUCAUUAGCGUCUGAAUUUCCACACCUUCCUAUUAUUUAUUCUCAACCUUUGACCUUUAUUUGUGACUGUUUUGCAUUAUCAGAAUUUUCAAUCACAUUAUUAUGCAGCAAAGCAACGUGAAACUUUUGGUGUGAAGCUUGAAUCUGCCUGGUUGUGUGUGUGUGUGAUGGGCAAACGCUUUGUAGCGGCCCAUGCUUUGGGUUUUGUAUAUAGGACAAUGUGCACAGCUUGUAAUGUAAUAUAACAAUGGUCAUAUGAAUACUUUUAGGAUUGUACAGUAUUGUAUAUGUAUUGAAUAAUAGUAUUAAGGAAAAAACUUGUGUUACCUGUCGGACCUGAAAUAUUUUGGAUCAGUAUGACACGCGUCAGUCCAAAUGUCUUUUGAGCAGAUGAUACUAGUGCCGUCUGCGAAGCAUGUACUGUAUAAAGUCUUUUUAGUUUUUUUUAAAAGAUUACUUUAAACAUGUAUAUAUAUACUGAAUACAUGGAGCAGCUAUUACAGUUGAUAAAAGUGAUGUACAGGGACCUUGAUGUAUUUAUUGUCUGUAUUGUGGGAAUCUAUUAAAUAGUUGCAAAUGUUCAAUAAAUAACACUGACAAUGUGUGACGUCA